AUGGCUCCGUGAGGCUAGGAGGAGUGCAGCUUGGAGGAGAUAAACCUGAGCAAAGGAGUGGCCAGUCCUGUUCCCAAUGAAGCCUGUCCCGCAGUCCCCUGAUUGUCUGUAAGGCCCCCCUAGAAGGCUGUGGGCCAAUGGCCCCGUAGUGAAAAACAGAGACGUUUCUAGACAUCUGUUGAGAAUAGGCGCCUGGAGACAGCAGUGGUGGACAGGCAAAACAACUCGAAUCUGAAGAAAUGAAAUUGCCAAGGACAGUCGCGUUCUGCUUCAUGCUAAUUGUGACGUGUUCUUCAGAAGCGACGUUGAGCGUGAACAUUCAGCCCCUUGCUCAGCCCUUGAUUCUCCAUGAACAUGACCUAGUCGGAGAAGAGGCAGUGAGGCAGAAACGAGCAGUUGCAGUGAGUGGUCCCGUGGAGGAAGAAUACACCGUGGAAGUUGAGAUCAGUUUUGAAAACAUCUCCUUCCUGGAAUCUGUCAAAGCUCACUUGAACAGCCUCAGUUUUCCAAUUCAAGGAAGUGGCACGGACCCAGCCACAGACAUCAUGAGCAUAGCAAUGACAACAGUAUGCACACCUGCUGGAAACAACCUCUUAUGCUCCUGCGAGAAAGGCUAUGUGUGGCCCCGGGAAAGGUGUCUCCACAAUCUAACUUGUCCAGAGCAUGGCGGUGCCCUGUCAGGCCGCUCCUGCAGUUGUCUGAAAGGACUUCCUCCCCAGGGACCUUUCUGCCAGCUCUCUGAUGCGUAUAUUACCUUAAAAAUCAAAGUCAGACUGAACAUAGGAUUUCAAGAAGACCUCAAGAAUUCAUCCUCUGCCCUCUAUAGGUCCUACAAGACUGACCUGGAAAGAGCGUUCCGAGAGGGUUACAAAACUUUACCAGGAUUCAAAUCGGUGACUGUGACACACUUCACCAAAGGCAGCGUGGUUGUGAACUUCGAGGCCCAGUUUAAAUCGUCACCACUGCCCGGAUCAAUUCACAAAGCCAAUGAGCAUGUCACACAGAACCUCAAUCAGACCUACAGAAUGGACUACAGCUCCUUCCAAGGAACGCCGAGCAAUGAAACAAAGUUCACGGUUACACCGGAAGUCAUCUUCGAGGGAGACAGCGUAGUUCUGGAGUGUGAAAGUGAAAUCGUGUCCUCCAACUCGUCUUGGUAUUACGGAGAGAAACGCUCCGAGAUCCAGAGCGGCGGCAGAUUCUCCAUCCACACCUCGGUCCUCAACAAUAUGAGCUUGGUCUCCCGCCUCACCAUUUAUAAUUUCACGAAGCGCGAUGCCGGUGAAUAUCGCUGCAAGCUGACAUUGGAUAUUUUUGAAUACGGGGAUGCCAGAAGACUAGAUGUCACUCCCAUCCGGAUUCUGGCCAAGGAGGAGAGGAAGGUGGUGUGCGACAGCAACCCCAUCUCAUUGAACUGCUGCUGCGAGAACAUCGCAAACUGGAGCAAGAUUGAGUGGAAGCAGGAAGGGAAAAUAAAAAUUCUAGGGAUCCCAGAAACAGAUCUAGACUCAAGCUGCAGCACUUACACCCUCAAGGCAGAUGGAACCCAGUGUCCUAGUGGGUCUUCUGGAACAACAGUUACCUAUACGUGUGAGUUCGUCAGUCCCUACGGAGCCAGAGGCAGUAAGAACAUAGCUGUGACGUUCGUCUCUGUAGGAGAUAAUUCCAGCUACAAAGGGGAAGUGCCCGAGGUCCUAAGGCAUGUGAUGGAAGUGAGUACAGUUCAGAGCACCACCGCCAACAGCCUAGAAACAAGUAAAGCCCAGGAACAGCAAGCCAGCCUAACAAUAACCUCGGACCCAAUUUCUGUUUCUGAGGGACAAAGCUUCACUAUCUCAUGCAGCAGCGACGUGAGUAACUAUGAUGAGGUGUACUGGAACACUUCCGCUGGUAUUAAAAUCCACCCAAGGUUUUAUACCAUGAGCAGGCAAGGGGAUCGAGCAGAGUCGGUGCUGACAGUGAAGACCUCCACCAGGGAGUGGAAUGGAACCUACCACUGCAUAUUUAGAUACAAGAAUUCAUACAGUAUCGCCACCAAAGAUGUCACCAUCCACCCACUACCUCUGGAGUCAGAUAUCAUGGUGGAUCCUUUGGAAGCCAGUGGUCUGUGCACCAGUUCCCAUCAGUUCAGGUGCUGCGUGGAAGAGGAGAAAGGGGAAGAGUACGUCGUCACUUUCCACGUCGAUUCCUCACCCUUUCCUGCUGAGAGAGAAGUCAAUGGCAGGCAAACAUGCUACAAAUACAGCCUCCCAGCAAACUCACCCCUGUGUCCCAAAAACAUCGACGUGUUUUGCCACUUUACCAACACGGCCAACACCUCAGUCCGGAGCCCGGCGAUGAAGCUCACCCUUGUUCGGGGGGAGAAUAUUACAUGCCAGGAUCCUGUGAUUGGUAUUGGAGAGCCUGGGAAGGUCAUUCAGAAGCUGUGCCAAUUCUCAAAAGUUUCCAGAAGCCCUGGCCAGAUCAUCGGUGGGAUCGUCACUUACAAAUGUGUGGGCUCCCAGUGGAAGGAGGAGAAGAGAGGCUGCAUCUCAGCUCCAAUCAAUAGUUUGCUCCAGCUAGCCAAGGCUUUGAUCAAGAGCCCCUCCCAGGACCAGAAGCUCCCUGCGUACCUGCGGGACCUUUCCGUUAGUGCUGGGAAGGAGGAAUGGGAUAUCCGCUCCUCUCCAGGAAGCCUGGGCGCCGUCAUCAGCAUCCUUGAUUUGCUCUCAACAGUUCCAACCCAAGUGAAUUCGGAAAUGAUGAGGGAUGUGCUUGCCACCAUUAACGUCAUCUUAGACAAGUCCACCUUCAAGUCCUGGGAGAGGUUACUGCAGCAACAGAGCAACCAGAGCUCCCAGUUCCUGCAUUCGGUGGAAAGGUUUACCAAAGCGCUACGGUUGGGAGACAACACCCCUCCGUUCCUCUUCCACCCUAACGUUCAGAUGAAGAGCAUGGUAGUACGACGUGGCCACCCUCAGCUCUACCAGCAGAAGUUUGUCUUCACAGACUCUGACUUGUGGGGCGAUGUCGCCAUUGAUGAGUGUCAGCUGGGAAACUUGCAACCCGACUCAUCCAUUGUCACUGUGGCCUUCCCGACUCUGAAAGCCAUCCUUGCCAAGGAUGGACAGGAAAAGGCAUCUUCCAACAGCUUGGUGAUGACCACUACUGUCAGCCACAGUAUCAUCAAGCCAUUUAAGAUUUCCAUGACUUUCAAGAACAACCAUCGUUCAGGUGGCAAGCCACAGUGUGUCUUCUGGAACUUCAGCCUCGCCAACUACACAGGGGGCUGGGACAGCAGUGGGUGUUCUAUGGAGGAGGAUGGCAGGGACAAUAGGGACAGGGUCUUCUGCAAGUGUACCCACCUGACAUCAUUCUCCAUCCUCAUGUCCCCAGACUCCCCAGAUCCAGGAUCUCUCCUAAAAGUCCUUCUGGAUAUCAUUUCUUACAUUGGGCUGGGCUUUUCCAUCUUCAGCUUAGCGGCCUGUAUAGUUGUGGAAGCCAUGGUGUGGAAAUCGGUGACCAAGAACCGAACUUCCUAUAUGCGCCACAUGUGUAUAGUCAACAUCGCCUUCUGCCUUCUGAUUGCUGACAUCUGGUUCAUUGUGGCUAGUGCCAUCCACGACGGCCACUACCCACUCAACGAAACAGCCUGCGUGGCCGCCACCUUCUUCAUUCACUUCUUCUACCUCAGCGUCUUCUUCUGGAUGCUAACACUGGGUCUCAUGCUUUUCUACCGUCUGAUCUUCAUUCUACAUGACGCCAGCAAGUCUACCCAGAAAGCCAUUGCCUUUUCCCUCGGCUACGGCUGCCCCCUCGUUAUCUCAUCCAUCACAGUGGGGGUGACACAGCCCCAGGAAGUCUACAUGAGGAAGAAUGCAUGCUGGCUCAACUGGGAGGACACCAGAGCACUCCUGGCUUUUGCCAUCCCAGCACUGGUUAUUGUGGUGGUGAACGUGAGCAUCACAGUUGUGGUCAUCACCAAGAUUCUCAGGCCUUCUGUCGGAGACAAGCCUGGCAAGCAGGAGAAGAGCAGCCUGUUUCAGAUCAGCAAGAGCAUUGGGGUCCUCACGCCUCUCUUAGGGCUCACGUGGGGGUUCGGUCUCGCCACAGUGAUCCAGGGGAGUAGUGCCGUGUUCCACAUCAUCUUCACCCUGCUCAAUGCCUUCCAGGGGCUCUUCAUUUUACUCUUCGGCUGCCUCUGGGAUCAGAAGGUGCAGGAAGCUUUGCUGAAUAAGUUUUCAUUGUCAAGAUGGUCUUCUCAGCACUCGAAGUCAACAUCCCUGGGUUCAUCUACACCCGUGUUUUCUAUGAGUUCUCCGAUAUCCAGAAGAUUUAAUAAUCUUUUUGGUAAAACAGGAACAUAUAACGUUUCCACCCCAGAAACAACCAGUUCUUCUGUGGAAAACUCAUCUAGUGCUUAUUCCCUGCUCAACUAGGACCAGACAAAGCCAAAUCCACAGGACUGCUCAGAAAUGGGGCAUGUGCCGAGAAAAAGGGACCCAUCCAAAUCUGUGGGUAAAGUGUUCUCUCCGCAGACUUCUGCAGCAGAUACUGAAGAGAGUCUUUCAGUAGAGAAGACACUUUCUUCUGUAAGGACAGACUAAAGCAAUUGCCGUGUUUAUUUUUGUUCCCACCCCCAUCCGUUGUGUAAUGCCAACUAUGUAUAGUAUUUAAAAGAAAUCCCACAAGGCCCAACUUUUCUAUAUGUAUUGUAAAAUAGAAUUUUGAAGAGAGUUUUUCAGCCCACCCUACCCUACCCCACCCAUUGACUACAAAGGUCAGUGUUGACCGGAGCUGUAAAUAAAAGCAAGUACUCAGGAGUUCAGUGGAUUUGAGGAAGAAGGAAAAGGCGGGAGGAAGGAAGGAAGGAAAGAGGGAGGAAUGAAGGAAGGAGGGAGGGAAGGAAUGAAGGAAGGAGGGAGGGAAGGAAUGAACGAAGGAGGGAGAGAAGGAAUGAACGAAGAAGGGAGGGAAGGAAGGAAGGAAGGAAGGAAGGAAGAAAUAAUGACGUUGAAAACAUUAGGGAGUACAUUAUAAGGUUUCCACAUCAAGAUCUAAUACGAUCACGCAGAUGCCACAGCACUGAGGAUGAAAAUAUAUGGCCCCAAAAUGGACAAUGAGGUGAAGUUAUGGGGGACAAGUGUAGCACAUUCUUGAUAUUUCCCUAGUUAAAAGGGUAGAAUCCAAGACAGAGGAGAAACGGGAAGGGCAUCAUGCCACGAAGAUGCUUCUGGCUGGAUGGUUUUAUCUACAAGCAAUGCACCCAAGGAGACACAUGUCCUCACGACAAGGACAUGCGUAUGAACCUUUGCAUGUCAAGGCCUGAGCCAAGAUGGAUGGACACAUGUAGGAGAUAUGACAGCAACUCUAUCAGAUUCAAGUAAGGAUUUACUGUCAUGGUUUGUUAGAAAAGCACUGUGUGUUACUUUGUUUGACAUUUCGAAGGCAACACAUGUAUAUGUGUGUGUGUGUGUGUAUAUAUAUAUAUAUAUAUAUUUUACCCAGUUGUUGACAAAUCUGUUGUAUUGCACUGGACUCAGACUCCUGUAUCUGUCUUACCUGUAACAGCUUUAACCAGGUACUUUCUGUGCAUUAUAGAACAGACUUUAAUGACUGUGUAGCGUGUACAUUUCUAUGAUUGCGGUUGUGACGUCAUCAUGGCUGUGGCGAUGAUGGCCCUUGGUGUGCUGUACAGCUAGCUGUGUGCUGUCGGUUGCCAGUCUUCUAAGUGCCUAGGCCAAUACAUAUUCAGAGCUCCUCUGGUCUGUUCUGGGUUCAUGACAGCCACUUGGACGGCUUCUGGAGGACAAGCGUACAUGAGGCUCUUCUGUGCCCCCAGCCACACUUGGCUUUGAUAAGCAAAUGGCAGACUUCCCCUAAAGGAUUAGUUUGUGAAUUCAUGCCCGUAUGGUUUUUGUAUGUGUGUCUCUCAAAAAUACAGAUAUUUAUUAAAACUGCA